AUGGUGGAUGCUGUAGUGGGGCCGGUUUCUGGCAUGUUAGUCCUGAUUCUGCUACUGUGUGUCAGCCAAUGUCUCAGGGUCUCAGUUGUCUGGGGCAUAGGACUAAUCCUGCUUCUGAGCCUCAGGGCAGUCAGUUCUCAAGGAGACCUCACAGGGUUUCAAAAACACUUAAGAGGUGCUCCCACCCUCAAACUCCAGGUGCUCCCACCCUCAAACUCCAGAUGCUCCCACCCUCAAACUCCAGGUGCUCCCACCCCUCAAGCUCCAGGUGCUCCCACCCUCAAACUCCAGGGUGCUCCCACCCCUCAAGCUCCAGGUGCUCCUACCCUCAAACUCCAGAUGCUCCCACCUCUCAAGCUUCAGAUGCUCCCACCCUCAAGCUUCAGAUGCUCCCACCCUCAAACUCCAGGUGCUCCCACCCCUCAAGCUCCAGAUGCUCCCACCCUCAAACUCCAGAUGCUCCCACCCCUCAAGCUCCAGAUGCUCCCACCCUCAAACUCCAGAUGUUCCCACCCUCAAGCUCCAGGUGCUCCCACCCCUCAAACUCCAGGUGCUCCCACCUCUCAAGCUUCAGGUGCUCCCACCCUCAAACUCCAGGUGCUCCCACCCCUCAAGCUCCAGAUGCUCCCACCCUCAAGCUCCAAGUGCUCCCACCCUCAAACUCCAGAUGCUCCCACCCCUCAAGCUCCAGACAGAGUUCCGGGUCAAGGAGGUCUAGCACAGCCGAACGGCUAUGAAGGACAGUCUGAGGUUUGGGCUUCUAGAGGCAUCCAGGGUGGGACAUGCUUCAAGAAGAGCAGCUGGGACCAGGCUGUAGGUGCUGACAGAGCAGAGGGUCUGCCCUCCCCCUUCCUGAGUGAAUGA